CAACAAUUGGAAACAAAUUGUUGCUUUCUGCUUAUUUCUGUAUUCAAUCUCCAUUACAAUGUUACUCAAACUUUUGAUUGUUUUUACAUUGUUUUACCCAAUCUCAACAAUCCCAACAAUCUCUUUGGUGAACUUGCCAUUGAAAAUACCUAAAGGAAGUUCAGUGAUUAAUGCUACUUUAACUGAUGUCAAUGGAUAUAAAAUUUAUUUUAUACAAGAGUUGAUAUCAGCUUCUGGACCAACAAUCAAAGGUAAAAUUUUAAUCUCAGGCGAUGAGGAUUCCUACUCAGUACAUUAUAAUGCUGAUUCGUAUACUGGCGUGGACAGCAAGGAACGGUUGUUUAUUCAAGGUAAGAAGAUUCGAGUUUUUUGA